CUCUCUCCUCACUUCUCACUUCUCACUUCUCACCCCCACCACCAUCACCCAAAAUCACACACAACAUAGAAACAAACAAACAUGCCUACCCCAUCAUCAUCAUCAUCCCAUCUCACAAAACCUUCACCACAACAACAACAACCCCCAUCAACCCUGAGCUCCAUGAAGCUAAAGAGCCUCAUCCACACGCUCAUAGUCUCCCACAUGUGCCGCAUCAUCCGUGCCCUCUCCAAAGUCAAAGCCGCAAUCAUCGAAAUCCUCAAGGGAAACCAAUCCAACGUUAACAUUCUCUUCCCCUACCACAAUAGGAAACACAAGAUAAGCAAGAACAUCAUUUUCGGCUCCUUCAGGCUCCACUAUAAUUGGUGCUCCUCCAAAUCCUCCCACGUUAUCCCUGUCCCCUCAAGGGUCUUCCAAGGCUUGCCAAAAGCUUGUGACAUUAAUGUUAAAGCCCUUUCGGAUGAGGAUUCUUGCCAUGAUGACGAGAACCUUGCGGGGUACUUGCACUGGCUUGAAGAGAAGGUUCAUGACGAUGAUGAUGAUGAUAAUGGGAUUAACCGUAUUGAUAUGUUAGCCGAAACGUUCAUCGCUGAUUGCCACGAGAAGUUCAGGUUAGAGAAGCAAGAAUCUGAGAGAAGGUUCCAUGAAAUGUUGGCUAGGGGCGUGUGAGGGUGUGAGUUCAUUGGAAACAACGUUAACCAAGGUUUUACAUCAUGGUUCUAAAUUGUGUUGCGGUCUCAUGUGGUCGAAAAUUUUAUGAUACUAAAUUGUGGUUGCGGUUUGAUGCCGUCAAAAAUUUCAUGAUUCUAAAUUGUGGUUGCGAUUUGAUGUGAUGGAAAAUUCUUAAGUUGUGACUUCAAUUGGAGUUCAUGUGUUAGAUGUUUAUAUGUAACAAAAUUAGAAGUUGGGAUAGUGAUGCAGUUGUUAAUUAUUUAGCGAGGGGAAGGGCUAGCUUUAUUAAUUUCGUGUUUGCCUUUUUCUUUUCUAGUACUGCAUGUAACUUUUCAUAAGAUGGAAAAAGGGUGACGAGAGUGUGGAGGGAACUGAAUAGGAGAUGGGGAUUUCUGCAAUGCUUCUGUUCAUACUUAUAGUCAUGGAAAUUGGAAAUUUUCAUUUGCCUUUGGCUUGUUA